CUUCGGCGGGCGGCAGCCAUGGCGUUCCUGCCCGACGAGUCGCGGUCGCUGCCGCCGCCGCCGCUCCUCAACAAGGGCUCGGUGUGGCUCGGGUUCGCGGGGUGGCUGGCGGCGCUGCUGGACAACGCCUUUAACCACCGCCCCAUCUUGAGAGCCGGCAUUCACCGGCAGGUCCUGUUCGCCAGCCUGGGCUGCUUUGUUGGCUACCAGCUUGUGAAACGCACCGAGUACGUGUAUGCCAAGGUGGACAGAGAGCUGUUGGAGUACAUCAGGCACCACCCGGUGGACUUCCAUGCAUCAGCAGACAAGAAAAGAAUAGGGCAGCUCUUGGAGGAUUUCCACCCAGUUCGUUGAGGAUUUCUCCAGUGGCAACACAUCACAGGAUGAAUUCCUGCCAUCCUGAGAAUUUCAGCAAGGUGGCUGCAACUGUUGAACCGUCCAUUGCUUAAAAGAUGAAACUUUACUCAAUUUCAUGUAAUAAAAGCUUGGUUAAAUUGUUAGUGUUUAAUUAUUUGCUCUUCUGUUGCUUUAUGGUUUGUCAAUACGUGGAUGACUGAUAUUUGUAAAAGAAAAAUAACUUUGAUUAGUGCUUUUGUUCCAGUUGUUUUAAUUGCAAGAGUGGAAAGUUGUUCACACAGCAUAUAUUGUGUAAAACCCAGAGAGCAGUUCUGUAAGUUCGUCUUUUUUAUUUCCCAGUGGCAUUUCUCCUGACCCUUGAACAUGUUUUUGGCCAGCCCCUGCAGAUGCUGUGCCAAAGUCUCGCUGUGAAAUUCAUUCUGAACAGCAAACAAAAUACAUGCUCUCCCUAAUUAAUUCCAUCUCUUAUGUUUUUUGUUAUGAUGUUGCAUUUUCUUUGCUGAAAAUAAGGAUCCAGCCUUUCUGCUUUCUCAGUUGGUUUCCUAAAUCCAAACCCUGAUCAAAUUUGGGAAUGAAGAGGUAGUGCUGGUUUGCGAUUUGGAGAUUAUUAUUCAUUUACAAUUUUGGGUCCAAAGUGGGCUUUAUCUCUUGUCUUCCUCACACUGAGCCCUGUGCCAGGUCACUGCUCUCUGAUGGAUAUGAUGUCUCCAAACAGAUUUAAAGGAAGCACUGCCACCCUGAUCUGCUUCAACAAUGUGUAAGGAGAAGAUCUUUCCCCACGGUGGCCGGCAGCAGUGCGGGUGCCCUGGGAGCCUGUCCAAGGCGGCACAGAGUCAGCACCCCCUGCCAUGCUGCAGGAGCCUGAUCUGCCCUGUCUGCCAACAUCCCACCGGGAGCAGUGCAGAAACCUCUUAUCAGUGGUGGCCAGCAGCAAUGGCCAGCAGCAGUGGCCAGCAGCAGGGCACCGUCAGGGCUUGACGCAUCCCGGGGGCAGCGUGGUGCAAUGCCCUGCAAUCGGAGCAGGCAGAAGGCUCCUGUGACACACCGGGCUGGCAGCCAGCUGCAAGGACAGCGGCUCUCAGAGAGACCCACGGGUCCUGGGGGGAUGCAAGCGGCCCACAACACGUCAGCAAACUCUUCCAGCUGUCCCAGGUCACAAGCCUUGUGGGACAUCCUACAUCUCCCAUUGGUCGUGUCCAGCAGCCGCCGUCAGUGCUUCACCCCGUGUCCUGCUGUGAACUUCCCUGGGGCACCACGAGCCUCUCCAGCUGCUGAGCUCUGCCCAAGCCCAAAGCCACCCCUACAGGUGACUGCAGGUGUCCCUCGCUGUGGCACCGGGGCCCACGCAGCCACUCACUCACUUCCCCA